AUGUUCCCCCCACCUUUGAUAAAGGUGCAUGAAGUUUAUGCUCGUCUCAAUCGCCUCAAUGUUUCAAAGGCAACGCACCCUAAUGACAUCCCUAUUAGACUGAUUAAGGAAUUUGAACUUUCUUCACCCCUCACCAAAAUCUACAACGAUUGUCUACGUUCUGGUUAUUUUCCCUUGAUUUGGAAGAAUGCUUCAGUUUGUCCCGUCCCGAAAGUUCCCAAUGUGAUAGAUUUCUCUCAACUAAGACCGAUCUCAGUAACGACAGCUUUCGCAAGGAUCUUUGAAAGUUUCCUGGCUGAAUGGCUUACUUCAGACCUUGGACAUCGCAUGGAUUGUUCACAGUUUGGCAACUUGAAAGGUAGUUCCAUCAAUCAUUACCUUGUGAGCUUGUUAGAUGUCAUCCAGCGCAAUCUUGAUAAGCAAGGGCACUAUGCAAAUCUAUGUGCUGUUGAUUUUAUGAAGGCCUUCGGUCUCAUUAAUCACACAUUAGCUAUCCAGAAGCUGAUUGGUUCUGAUGUGGAUACCUCUGUUCUUCCAACGGUCUGCAGCUUCCUGACUCAUCGCUCCCAAGCAGUGCGUUAUCAAGGAAAGACUUCAAGUGCUCUGGACCUCACGUCCCUCAAGGGACAAAGUUGGGUCCUGUCAUUUUUCUUGCCAUGA